CAUCAUUCAGUUGAACAGUAACUGCAGCACCAAACAGCUUAAAAAAGUCACAAGAUGCAACUUAAUCUCAGUGUGCUGCUCCUGCUCGGCCUGACCGCCUGCAUCUGGGGAUUUGACGACUUGGAUGCCUAUGAGCAAGACUCACAAUUGCUGGCCGAGAAUAGAGAUUGGGCGCCCAUUGAUGUCGAGCAGCAGCAUCGUGUGCGUCGCCAGCUGAAUGUGCAGGGCGGGGGCAGUCCUCGCCAGGGCUUUGAUUUGAGCGUCAAUGGACGUGCGCCAGUGUGGCAGAGUCCAAAUGGUCGCCAUUCCGUAGAUGCCACCGGACAAUAUUCACAGCACUUGGGCGGUCCAUAUGGCAAUAGCCGACCCAAUUGGGGUGCAGGUGCAAUGUACACAUUCCGUUUCUAGGGAUACCAAAUUCAUCUUUAAUCUUAAUUGUUUAGUUAUACACAUAUAUUUCAUUAAAAAUAUUUACUUCACAACAUAA